UUUAACUGAUACAGUUUACAGAAGAAAAACUGGGACAAGCAGAGAAAACUGAAUUGGAUGCACAUUUAGAAAAUCUUCUGGGCAAAGCAGAAUGUACUAAACAUUGGACAGAAAAGAUUAUGAAACAGACAGAAGUUUUACUGCAGCCCAAUCCAAAUGCUAGAAUGGAAGAGUUUGUCUAUGAGAAACUAGAUCGCAAAGUACCAACUCGUGUGAAUAAUCCCGAACUGCUUGGCCAGUACAUGAUUGAUUCUGGGAAUGAGUUUGGUCCAGGAACAGCUUAUGGAAACGCUCUCAUUAAAUGUGGAGAAACACAAAAACGUAUUGGAGCGGCUGACAGAGAACUAAUACAGACAGCUGCAAUAAACUUCCUCACACCUCUAAGAAACUUUAUAGAAGGAGAUUAUAAGACUAUAAAUAGAGAGCGCAAAUUAUUACAAAAUAAACGUCUAGACCUGGACGCUGCCAAAACUCGACUGAAAAAGGCAAAAGUAGCAGAAGCUCGAGCUGCAUCUGAACAGGAAGUCAGGAUAGCCCAGAGUGAGUUUGAUCGACAAGCAGAAAUUACUCGACUUCUGUUGGAAGGCAUCAGCAGUACACAUGCACAUCAUCUUCGUUGUUUGAAUGAUUUUGUAGAAGCCCAGAUGACAUACUAUGCACAGUGUUACCAAUAUAUGUUGGACCUUCAGAAACAGCUUGGAAGCUUUCCAUCUACAUUUCUUGCUAACAAUAACCAGUCAACUUCAACCUGUGUCCCAAGUAGUUCUAGCACUACUGCAGCAUCCUCUGCCUCUGCCACAGCCUCAUUGUCUUCAGUAAGCAAUGCAGCAGUUACUUCAAGCUUUGGUGAACUGAAGUCCUCAAGUGGCAGCAGAAAAGCUAGAGUUCUUUAUGAUUAUGAUGCGGCCAACAGCAGUGAAUUAUCACUUCUUGCAGAUGAGGUUAUAACAGUGUACAGUAUUCCUGGCAUGGAUUCAGACUGGUUGAUGGGUGAACGAGGAAAUCAGAAGGGCAAAGUGCCUAUUACAUACUUAGAACUCUUAAACUGAAUGACUGGCUUGUAUAAAAACUGCCAGUUAUGGUGAGACCAUAUUUAUAUGCAAUUAACUUUAUAUGAAGCAGGUUUAAGUGUCUUCCAUGUUAUUGUCUUAAUGGAUGAGAGUAUCAGCCAUUAGAAAUGGGCUUUUCUGCCAAUAUUGCAUGGUAAUACUCUUUUGAGAUCUAAGUUGUUUAAAAGCUUUUACUUUGUGCCAAGAUUGUUUCCUACAGAACUUUCUUUCUACUGGAGUUUUCACUAAUAACAAAUUUCUCAUUUUGAGUAAUCAAAACCUGAAUGCAGGAUGAACUGUUUUCUACGGAACUUUUCAUAACAGCAAACUUCUUCACAAACAAUAAAUUGUUAAACAAUGA